CUAUCAGGUCAAAGGUUGGUUUCUACGAUGGUGCACCCAAGAGUCCUGGGGACGCGGUCAACGCCAGCGACGGGUUGCUUCAUGGUUCAGCAGUUUUCACCAUGCGCCAAAGUCGGCACCUUGUUCGGCUGCUUUUUUAUACGCAAUCUUGGUGACACGUCAUUGGACAAAGCCGAGAGCAACAUGGCGGAGCUUUUACACGCUCUACGCUGUAGCCUGGCUCGCGCUUCUUUUAAGCGUUGAGGCUUCCGUCGUUUAUAGUAAGAUAACUCACGCAGACGUUGGCAUUUUUUUUACUGACAUUCUCGCUACGACCGUACACAUAAGUUCUUUCCUCACGAGCAUCAUUAACAUCUCGUGCAUGGCGCUUGGUUCAAGGAAGCUGUUAGAUUUGUUCCGCGAAGCAGCGUCGUUCGAGUCGUCGAGCGGUAUUGCUCGUCUAGUUCGGCAACGGGCGGACAGAGGUAGGUGUUUUCGAGCAUUCCGAAGGGUGGGUGUCGCGGCGUCAGCCACGGCGACAUUGAGCUGUUGCGUUGCCAUAAUCAUAGAAAACCACUUGAACGACAAGGAAACGGCUUGGAGCUAUGGUCUCCCUGUUCUGCUUGUUCGUCUGCUAUCACAGGUCGGGUUCGCUUUUUGGGAGUGUACCAUGUACAUCGUUGUGAGCAGCGUCUCCGAAGUUUUGGUUUCCUAUUUGAGGUCUCAGAAAUACUCUCUUCGUGAAUGUCAGCGCUCCGUUCAGGAGCAGCGGUCGGACGAUCUGACCGCUGCUUUAGCAGUUGAGGCCAUACGUAAAAACAUGUCCGCGAUAAGAAAGAUGAAAACAUGUAUUAACGUUAUUUGGGAGCCAGCCAUCCUGGCAUCCUCACUGUGUUUCCUAUGGGUUCAUUGCAUCGCGUGGUACUGUCUGUUCACGGAAGAGGCGUACCACUUGAGAAUAUGGCUCGGAUUGGCGUACAGCUGCUACAGCUCUCUCAGGUUUCUGGACCUGGCUGUCGUCAGUCACGACUUGUGCAACGAGGCUCGAAGCAUUCAACAAGUGUCUAAAGAUGCAAACCUGGUGCACGUGUCCGACACGUACAUGCGACAGAUCCAUUUCCUGCAUGACAGCGCCUGACCCUGAAGGCAUGCGUCUGACCGGGGGACAGUUCUUCUACAUCGACAGGACACUUCUUGUUUCGAUGGCUGGAUCAGUGAUUACGUUCACUGUGAUCCUAGUGCAGACCAAUCACGGCUUCUCUUCGCACGCGAGUGCCUGCUUAGGAAACACGACGACGUGACGACCCAUCCAUUGCUCAUUCCCUGGCAUCAAAUCGACACCAAUCUGGUUUUUAC